GUCAAAGGAUAGAACGACUCCCUAUUUCUAGUCUAGUGGAAACCCCUAUCGGGGUUGCAGGCCCCCGAGAAGGAUGGCCGCGGGCUCGGCGGCUGUCCUUACGAGCUUUCUUACAAACUUGUACAUAUGUUUGGGCUGCUUCACGGCCUUUACACUACUCCGGGUUCGCCCAUGGGCCCGCCGAUUCUUCGCAGCACGAAGAUAUGCAAAAGACAUAGACCUCAAGCCGAAACGUCUGCCAAAUGGACCUUUUGGUUGGAUCUUUCCUGUUUUGACGUAUGAAGAAGAGGACAUCAUUGACGAAUGUGGUCUAGAUUGCGCAAUGUACCUGCGCAUCCUCCGCUUCGGCGUGUACCUCUUCUUCGUACUCACCAUCUGGUGCAUCAUUGUGAUCCUGCCGCCCAACAUGACCAGCAACGAGAUCGACCGCCUCCUAGCACUGGAGGCGUCCAACUCCAACACUACUGUCGGGAGCAACACCACCUCAAGCAGCAGCAGCACGUCCGAGUACAAGUUUACAAACUUUGACCACUACUCGCUGUCCAACCUGCCUGCCCGGAGCAGCAAGAUGUGGGCGCACCUUAUCUCCGUGUACUUCGUCGUACUGUACGUCCAUUGGCUGCUGUGGCGUUUCAACAAGGAGAGCGUGCUGCUGCGGCUGAUGUUCCUGGGCAACGCCAAGCGCGGGGGGCCCUCGCACACCGUGCUGGUCACAGACAUACCGGGGGUGACGCAGGUGGUUGCUCGGUCCCUUCGAGGGGAGAAGCGGAAGAAUGGCGAGAGCUCGCCGGGAUUGUCGAAGUCCCCAUCAUUUACGAACAUCAUGUUUCAGGCUGACACCACCUGCAGCAAGGCCAACCAGGAGGACAAGUCUUCCAGCGCCGCGGCCGCAGCAGCUGCUCCAUGCCCAGCUCCAUCAGGAGCAGCCGCACCCGUCGUGGCUGUCGUGGCCAGCACCAGCAAUGUGGGAACCCCAGCCAAGGCCCCCGGUGCCGCUGCCCCUGCCUCCGUAACAUCCACCUCCGGCAAGUCCCCGGGCGCCACGGAGCCAGUGUCCGUCAAGGACACGCUGCCGGUCUCGGAGCCGCCCACGCCGCUGAGGAGCCUGCCUGUCGGUACGGCAGGUCCCAACGGUACCACAGCGCCGUACGCCACCCCGCAGAAUGCCGCUGAAGGCAGCAGGGCCGCAAAGUCCGGCUCGUCCUCCUCGAAUGGGACGUCUUCCACCGUUUCCGUUGAUCUGGCUUCACCGCCGGCGGGCGCAGGUGCGGGUGCAGGUGCUGAUGCGCAGCAGGGAUGCGGCGGCUGCCUGCCCCUUGUGAGCAAGGUUGCCUCGGAGAUACGCAGCGCGCGCAGCAGCAGUGGCGGCAGCGCUGCGCCUUCUGGCUUCGCUUCGUACCAGUGCGUGGUUGCGGACCCCGACCCACGGUUCGUUGCCACUGGCGGGCGGUUGGAGCUGCCCCGAGUUGGGAAGGGCAAUGCGGAGAUACUGGCGGAGCUUCAGACCGUCGAACCCGAGGACCUAGCCCGCACGCUGCCCCCCAACCUGGGAGUGGACACCCGGCCGCUGCCGCCCAGCCGCCGACUGGGCAAGCGCUUCAGCUACGACCUCAGCUGCCGUGUGCUGGACCCGCACGCGGACGCAACGCGGCGGCUCAAGUCCGGCCUCACCCCCCAGCAGUUUGUGGCUGGCGAGUUCUCGCUGGUGUUCUCGCCGCACAACGUGGCGGCCGUCAACAUGAUCCAGGACACGGCGGGGCUGGAGCCGCUGGCGGAGGAGUUCAACAAGGUUGCCGAGCAGCUGGAGGACUACCUGGACAUGGCCCGACUGCGACUCAAGCUGCGCAAGGAGCUGCCGCAGAAGCAGCUAACCAUCCUUUGCGCUCUGUACGGCGACUGGGAGUACGUCAAGAAGCACAACACCAAGUGGUUUGUCAAGGUGGAUGCGGUGGAGUUCUGGCUGGAGCGACUGCGCUUCCUGAGGGAGCGCAUCAAGGUGGAGCAGGAGAUAGCCAUGCGCAAGAUCGCACCCUCCGCAUUCGUCACCUUCAACACCCGCAUGUCCCAGGCCGUUGCCGCCAACUCGCUGCUCUCCCACGACGAAACCUACUGGCGCGUGCAGAACGCCCCCGCGCCCUUCGAGGUGGUGUGGAAGAACCUGGCGCUCACGCUGCCCGUCAAGAGCGGCAGGCUGUACAUCCUGUGGGCAGCCUUCUGGGCGAUGGCGAUCUUCUUCAUGAUCCCCGUCACGGCCAUCCAGGCGCUGAUCGAGGUUCCCAAGCUGGCCAAGGUGCCGGUGUUGGGCGCAAUCGUGACCGCCCCCGCCGUACGACAGAUCUUAGAGGCCAUCGUACCGGGUCUAGCGCUCAAGAUCUUCCUGGCGCUGGUGCCGCUGCUGCUGCGCAUCAUGGCGCUGCUGUCGGGCGCAACGUCGCAGUCGGAGAUCGACUUCGGGGUCACCAAGCGCUUCUUCCUGUUCCAGGUCAUUGUGGUGUUCUUCGGAAACAUCAUCGCGGGUUCCUUCUUUAACCAGCUCAAGCAGUGGGCGAACGACCCCGCCAGUGUUGUCCCCACGCUGGGAAAAUCCAUCCCCAUGACCUCCACCUUCUUCAUCACGUACCUGCUAAUCAACGGUCUGAGCGUCAAGGCCAUCGCCUUCUUCCGCCCGCCCGCCUUCAUCCUGUUCUGGGUGCUGUCCCGCUUCGCCGGCAGCCCCCGCGCCCGGCAGCGCAUCUGGAUGUACCAGUACACGGACAACGGCACGACGGUGGUGGACCAUACCAUCGCAAUGAUGAUCGGCAUGACCUUUUCCUGCAUCAAUCCCAUCGUGUGCCCCGCCGCGCUGUGCUACUUCCUGGUCAAUUAUGUUGGGGAGCGCUACAACAACAUCUACGUCUUCAGGCGCACAUACGAGAGCGGAGGAAUGCUGUGGAAGACGGUUUACAACCAGGUGAUGGUGGGUCUGUACAUCAUGCAGCUCGCCAUGCUGGGCCUGCUGAGCAUCAAGAAGUUCCCCUUUGCGCCGCUCAUCAUUCCCCUGCUCAUCUGCUCUAUCGCGUCGCACAUCAGCACGCUUAAGCUGUACAGGAGGCCAUGGUCCGUGGCUGCGCUGCAUGACGCGGCUGAGAUGGACUUGCUGGAGGCCGACCAGCGCAGGAUGCAGCUGCUGGCUGCAGCCAAGGAAGAGCGGAAGAAGAAGCGCGACAAGCGGAAACGGGAGGAGGAGGUGCGGGAGGCCGAGGCCGAGAGCCUGCUCCCGCCGCAGCCUGCAGACGCGCCUGAAGCCGAGAAGCCAGGCAAGGCUGAGCGGCUGCUCAUGGAGUCGCUGAAGGGCGACGGCUUCGCUAUGACGGCCAAGGAGAAGCGGGAGAUUGCGGAGAUGUACCUGAACCCCGCCUUUAAGGUCAAGCUAGAGGACGUAGAGCGGCUGGCCCGGCUGGCUGCGGAGGUGCAGUCACGGCUGCCGCGGCUGAACGAGUGGGUGGCGCAGUACAAGGCCUACCAGCGCGAGGUGAAGCGGCAGAAGCACCGGGGCAAGACGGCGCUGCCGCCGCCGCCCAAGAUGCCCGAGGACCUUACCAUCUAUGACAUGGACCUGGCCCUGAUGGACAGCGACGAGGAUGAGGCGGUUGUUGGGACGAACGGGGCCUACCCGGGGUCUGGUAAGGGUUCGGCUGGAAAGCAGCCCUCGGUGGAGAUGAGGGAUGGGGCGGCUGAGGUGUGAAUCGGGCUUCCACAUGGAUGACUGUGUGACCGGGUAAGCGGGAAGAGCGUCCUUGCUUGAAGUUCCUAGUACUGGUAGUGAGUACCGGCAAGUGCGCACGCAAGCUAUGCCACGAUGAUUUGGUAAUAAAUAAGGUUCGAGUGCGGACACGUUCAAUUUUGAUGCGUGAAACUACCGUACUGGAAAAUAGUAAUGUGUUGCUGGCGCUUUAAUAAUCCUGGAGGAUAAACGAAUGCUGGAAAGGUUUUUUGGCUCCUUAAUUAGGAAGGACGACUGCAGUGAUGAGGCGUGUGGCGAAACGACUUGAUCAGACGGGGC